UGAUUGGCUGUGAACACUUGGCUCGUCAUCACCCUCAGCCAAUGAGAGGCCGCCUCCGUGUGCGGGCACGCUUUAAAACCCGCUCGGUUGUAAACAAUGACAGUCAAUCAUUUCGUUCGCUAAUCUUCCAGGCAGGAUGAUGCUGUUUGCCUCGCUCUUCACGCUAUGCUUGAGUGCAGUGUUUGCUGCUCCAAGCUUAAACCAGCAGUUAGACGAUCACUGGCACCUCUGGAAGAGCUGGCAUGGAAAAAACUAUCAUGAGAAAGAAGAGGGCUGGAGGAGAAUGGUGUGGGAGAAGAACUUGAAGAAAAUUGAGUUGCACAAUCUUGAGCAUUCUGUGGGCAAACACACCUUCCGACUGGGCAUGAACCAAUUUGGUGAUAUGACAAAUGAGGAGUUCAGACAGGUGAUGAAUGGUUACAAUCAUGACCCCAGCCGGAAAUCAAAAGGCUCAUUGUUCAUGGAACCCAGCUUUUUUGAAGCCCCACAACAGGUUGACUGGAGAGAGAAGGGCUAUGUUACUCCUAUCAAAGACCAAAAACGUUGUGGAUCUUGCUGGGCUUUUAGCUCAACCGGUGCCUUGGAGGGUCAGGUGUUCCGCAAAACUGGAAAGCUGGUUUCUCUGAGUGAGCAAAACCUGAUGGACUGUUCCAGGUCGGAGGGCAAUAAUGGCUGUGAUGGAGGUAUCAUGGACCAGGCCUUCCAGUAUGUUCAGGACAACAAUGGGCUGGAUUCAGAGGAGUCGUAUCCCUACCUUGCAAAGGAUGAUCAGCCAUGCCAUUAUGACCCCCGUUAUAAUGCUGCUAAUGACACUGGUUUUGUGGACAUUCCCAGUGGUAAAGAACAUGCUCUAAUGAAGGCUGUUGCUGCUGUGGGUCCAAUAGCUGUUGCCAUUGAUGCUUGUCAUGAAUCCUUCCAGUUCUAUCAGUCUGGCAUCUAUUAUGAGAAGGAGUGCAGCAGUGAAGAACUUGACCAUGGAGUUCUGGUGGUUGGUUAUGGUUAUGAGGGUGCUGAUGUUGCUGGGAAAAGAUACUGGAUUGUGAAGAACAGCUGGACCGAAAAAUGGGGUGACAAAGGCUACAUAUACAUGGCUAAGGACCGACAGAACCAUUGUGGCAUUGCGACAUCUGCGAGCUAUCCCUUAGUGUAAGGCCACUGGACUGUGUAAUGCUAGGAGUUGGCCUAAUUCGUGUUUCUCUCAUUUUGCCAUGCUGUUUUUAAUUCUACUGUUUUGGUUUUUAUUAAAUAUUGUAGUGCAAUAAGAACCUUAAUACAUUGCUUUCUUUAUGAACACUUGCUCCAUUUUUUUAUAAAAAAAAAGUUACUUUAGUUUGGAACACUGCCACUGUUUUGUAGAAAGUUUCUUUUAUCGAAGUUAAGCUAUCUUAACUAAUCUAUCAGAAGUUAACAUUUUCUUUUGAUGUAGUGAACCAUUUUCUUUUGAGAUGCAAGUCACUUCACUGUAUUUAAAGCUUAAUUUGAGUAAUGUUACAAGUGUGAACAUGGCUCAUAUCGAGUGUUACAAGUAUGUGUACAGUUCUGUGUGCUAUUUACUUGACCUGUAAAUGGAUAAAUAUUAAAUCUACUGGUAUAGAAAA